UCUUCCUAUUCCGGUCCUCGAGGGCUACUCUCCGGUUUUGUCUCCGGCUCCAGCCCUGGUUGUGGGAGGUGACAGUAGUCAUGGCGAUGUUUGAGCAGAUGAGAGCGAACGUGGGCAAGUUGCUCAAGGGUAUCGACAGGUACAAUCCUGAGAACCUGGCCACUCUGGAGCGCUAUGUGGAGACACAGGCCAAGGAGAAUGCCUAUGAUCUGGAAGCCAACCUAGCUGUCCUGAAGCUGUAUCAGUUCAACCCAGCCUUCUUUCAGACCACGGUCACUGCCCAGAUCCUGCUGAAGGCCCUCACCAAUCUGCCCCACACUGACUUCACCCUGUGCAAGUGCAUGAUUGACCAGGCACAUCAAGAAGAGCGGCCGAUCCGACAGAUUUUGUACCUUGGGGACCUGCUGGAGACCUGCCACUUCCAGGCCUUCUGGCAAGCUCUGGAUGAAAACAUGGACCUCUUGGAAGGUAUAACUGGCUUUGAAGACUCUGUCCGAAAAUUUAUCUGCCAUGUCGUGGGUAUCACUUACCAGCAUAUUGACCGCUGGCUGCUGGCUGAGAUGCUUGGGGACCUGACAGACAGCCAGCUGAAGGUGUGGAUGAGCAAAUAUGGCUGGAGCGCUGACGAGUCAGGGCAGAUCUUCAUCUGUAGCCAGGAAGAGAGCAUUAAGCCCAAGAACAUCGUGGAGAAGAUCGACUUUGACAGUGUGUCCAGCAUCAUGGCCUCCUCCCAGUAACAGCAGGCAUUUAAUAAAGAUUUGUUGACUUAGCCCA